AGUGGUGUAUAAAUACACCUAUUACUGAUUUACUCUGACACUAGAGCUCUCUGAACUAUGAUGCUGACAGCGUCUGCUCUCCUGCUUGGCCCUGGCAUCGGUGCCGUGCCCAGCAGACUCUGGGAACACCAGGGGUCCUCUCCUUGUGUGCCCAUCCCAAGCAACAUGGCCCUGUGCCAGGGUCUGGGCUACAACAGCAUGCGGAUACCCAACUUGCUGGGACAUGAAUCUCCAGCUGAAGCGGUGCAGCAGAGCACCAGCUGGCUGCCGCUCCUCGCCCGAGAGUGCCACCCAAACGCCCGCAUCUUCCUGUGCUCCCCCUUCUCUCCUGUGUGCCUUGAGAGGAUCAUUUCUCCAUGCAGGAGUGUGUGUGUGUCGGUACGGGACACCUGCGCCCCCAUCAUGAACUGCCACGGUUACCCCUGGCCUAGAAUACUACAGUGCGACCAGUUUCCCAAAGAUCACCUAAUGUGCAUUUCCUCAGUUGCGUAUAUGCAAAACAGCACCAGCAAUGACGGCCGAGCAGUGCCGCGUGCGAGCUGCACAGACUGUGAGCUGGAGGAGGCCACGUCAUCCAAACACCUGCUCGACCUCUUCUGUAAAAGUGACUCUGGUCAGAAACGCUAGACAACCUAAACAACCUAAAACUGUUAAUGCUGAACUCAUUGCUCAUGUCUCUCUCUCUCUCUCUGCUAGUGGUUAAAGUGCGUCUAUCCAAGCUGAACUCCAGUAGUUCUGUCCUGACGAUGUUCUCCCUGGGCUCUCGGCUGGAGGUCCUAAAGCACGGCCCGCUGCUGGGAGGGGAACUGAGGAGCCGUCUGACGCUGUGGCUGGAGCGG